AUGUACAUCGACUGCUAUAUCUACUGCCCAAAAGUCACUCAGGGCACUGCUUCCAGUCUCAUUCUCUUGAUGACUAUAAAGUUUGUUGCACAUCUGACCUUCUCUGACUCUAGUAACUAUCCUCACACUAUGCGUAUCUAUCACCCACCACCUCAACUCACUCCUAGAGACAAUGUUUUUACACAACCUUCGAAUAUGGGUCCAGACCAUCCCAAUGAUAACCAGCUUCCAGGCUUUAGUGCUACCUUUGGUGGCUUUGAAUCUCACAUGACCCACCUGGGUUCAGGUCAGAAUCAAUUCACAUAUCCACCCCCUCUCCCUCCUUUGUUGAAGCCCACUCCUGCAGGGUGGAUGCAGCAAAUCAAUCCCUCAUUAAUUGACUACAAACACGAGGAUGACAAGGACAAAUUUCCACCUCUGUCCACUUUCCUUAGUGAUGUUGCGAAGCCAGCCCAGAGGGUUGCAGGGAGCCGUCACAUGAACACCACUAUCCCAACUGCCAAAGCCAAAGGCAAGGCACGUGUCAUGGACAGUGCCCCACUAGUCAAUCGAAAGCGAAAGGCCCCAUCUGCACCUCCUACUGCAUCUGACUCAUCCAAGAAACGUGGCCGUCAACAAGGAGCACCCAAUUAUAAUGAAGACGACAUUGAUGCCCUCCUUGAUGCCUGUGAAUCGUGUCUACCUGUGAGUGCAAAGACUUGCUCGUCAAAAUCUUUUGAACUCAAAUUCAAGCAAUUCAUUCGAACCACUAAGCCGACGGAAGAUGCAGAAUGUCCUCCCUAUAUUGACAGCUUGAUCAACGAAAAAGCUGGCACCUGUGAUCUUAAUGACAAAGAACUUGCUGAUGAAGUAGUCGAAAUCUCGGAUGACAACAAAGAUACAAUGGCCUCAGUAGUACUUCCAAAAAUGAAACCAACCCAGAUCAAGCUUGAGGUCCACGAGCCUUGUCUUGGCCCCACUGCUCGCUGUGCAACAUCCCCUACUAUUUCUCAUCCUCCUCGUUCAUCACGCAGUGCAGGAGUUGACCUUCUCACAACCAUUUCUGUAUCACUCGAUCCUUGCCUUCAGGCUGUCCAAGAUGAAGAGCGCUCUGCACGUGCCAUUCAGUCUAUGCAGGUCUUAUCUUUGACCACUCAGUUGCGUGAUGCACAUGCAACUAUUAAUAAGCUUCAUGGCCAGCUUGUACAAGUCGAACAAGAUUGUUCAAACAGUAAACAUCAUGCUGACCAUCUCGAGAUGCAGCUUGAAAUGGCCAAGUUUAUGACUCGCACUGGACACCAGCAGCAAGAGCAUGUUCAUCAUGAGACAAUCUAUAGGGAUAAAGGCCACUCCACUAUCUGGGUCACACCUGACGAUGCUGGAGAUGACUUCAAUUAUGAUGACCAUGAUAUUGCCUUGCGACAUGAUGUUGUUGAAGACUCGCGUGCAGGCCAUUACACUGGUGCUAUUAUUCCUUGA